UUACGUUGGCUACCACUGAUCAAUGGUUGACAACAUUUACAAGAACGUAGGUGGUUGUUAGUGCGCUAGGCUCGUCAGGCGUUUACUGUUUGUUAGAAAUAAAGGUGCAGUGCUUACUAAAACAACAACUUACUGUUUAUGUUUCAUUCAGAUUAAGGUGUCGACAUGGAUCUGAAUUUAUCGGUUUUCCAGGAGCCCAGAGGAGUUAUGCGCAUUUUGCAACUAAUGUUUGCGAUAAGUGCAUUUGCGACCACUGUUAACUAUACUGGGUUCAUAGACUUCAUGUGUGAUGUGCCAUACAAAUUUUCAUUCGAGUACCCGUUCAAUUUGUUGCUGAACCAAGAAUUGAACCUAGGCGCUAAAAACAAUUGUACACCUAGGGUGAAGAUCUCCAGUGACUUUUCUUCCGACGCUAAAUUCUUCGUAGCAAGCGGUGUUAUUGCCAUGCUUUAUUGCUUGUUCAUCAUGAUUGUUUACACCAAAUUUGAUAACAAGUAUAGGACUGAUAACAGAUUGCCAGUAUUUGACUUCUUCAUGACCGUUUUUAUAGCCGUUUUGUGGGUAUCCAGCAGCGCUUCUUGGGCCAAUGCUCUGGCCAACAUGAAAUACAUUUCUCAUGAUGACUACAUUCAAUGGGAUAACUUGGGAAUUUGUACACGUUGCCCAAUAUCAGUUAGUAGUUUCUCAUCACUGAAUGUAUCCGUGAUUUUGGGAUUCUUAAACUUCUUCUUAUGGGCUACCGAUUUAUGGUUCCUUUACAAAGAGACCACCUGGUUCCAAGUUGGCCAAAUUUCCACAUCUGGAGAGAUAUAAAUUUUCUGUAUGAAAUUUACUUAAGUCGGUGUUUAGAAACAGAUAUCACUUAAUUUGCGAUUUUAGUAAUCGCUCUGACAAAUAUUCUUUAGAAAACCCUCAAAUUUACCUUUAUUUCGAAAUAUAUACAACUUAUAUGAUAGCUUUACCUUAAUGUGUACGCUACAUGUAUAAACAUAUACAUUUAUGUAUACAUAUAUAAUUAUACAAAAUAACGCUUUAAGUAUUAUUUUUAGUAUUAUGUAAAUAUUGUAUUAUUUUAUAUUUUGUUUGUUUAUUCUUGUGUUUAUUUGAAUGAUGUGUGCUGUGCAUUCAAGACUCCCGAAGGUUUUAUUGUGCAAGGUUUGGUUUCCACCCAUCUCUAAAAUGAAUUUCAAGAUGUCUUUAUUUUUUUAAUUAUAUUUUUAUAUUCAUCUUUAUUAAUCCUUAAUACACGUUCUACUCUACUAAAAAA